AUGAGUGAAAGCAAAAAUAAGCUAAAUAUUAAGAACAUGAAACCGAACCCUUGCCUAGGAGUAAUCCGAUUGGACUACGAUUAUCCGGCAGCUAAGGGCGACAUCGAUUGUCCGGAUACUUUCUGCUACGAUGUGUACUACAAAGUGGUGCCUGGACUCACCUUUGAAAUGUGUCAGAGGGGAAAAUUGGAAGGUGAGGUGAGAACUCGUUUCCAGGAAUCGAUUGACUGGCUGAUGACAGAGAAGAAAGUCUCGUGUAUCACUGGCGACUGUGGUUUCAUGAUGUACUAUCAAGGCUUCGCGAUGAAGGAAAUCAGACGAGAGAGAUCUGUGGCGAUUGUGAUGAGUUCUCUCCUUCAGAUUCCAGCCAUGCUUUGCGGACUGUCAAUUGAGGAAGACAUAAUGGUUCUGACAGCCAACGAAGAAAACUUGCAGAAGAUGGAACCUCACUUCAAGGAGUCAGGUCUUAACAUCAACCAGAAACGAAUCCACAUAGUAGGUUGCGACAAUGUUCCAGGAUUUGAAGCUGUAGCUGAGGGCGGCAAAGUGGACUCUAAGAAAGUUCAGCCCGGAAUUGUUGCUCUUGUGAAGGAAAAGCUUAACGAGUUCCCUAAAACCAAGGCUAUUCUACUAGAGUGCACUGAACUACCACACUAUGCGAACGCAAUUAGAUGUGAAAUUGGUCUUCCGGUGUUUGACGCCAUCACCUGCUGUAAUUUCUUCAUCAAUGGAUUCCAAGAAGAGGAUCGGUUUGGGAAGCAGGGAUGGCAGGAGGACUGGGACGGAGUGCAAGAAGAAUACAUUUUCGCCCAAAAUGUGAAAUUAGAAAAUAAGGUAUAUCUGGUCAACAAACCCACUACAGCUCCUGUACCUGCCGAGUUUACUACCACUAAUAAUUGUUAA